UGCACAUCAGGAGCACUUUGGGGUUCAGUAUCUUGCUCAAGGACGGAGCUGGGAUUUGAACCACCUUCCGAUCACUAGCCGACCUGCUCUACUCGCUGAGCCACAGCUUCAGUCGCAAUGAACGGAGAUACUCAAAUGAAGAAGAAACUCAGAUUUGUAUAUCAGUGCAUUUCUCCUGUGAACAUGUCGCGCAGCCCACCAGCAGUACCCACUUUCCAACUUGCGCCAACAGCGUAUUUGUUCACGUAAACCGACAAAACCGACGCAACGUGUGACGCAUCUUGCUUAAGAGCUGCUGAGAAUACGACCCACUGUCCCCAUAAAUAACAGAAAGCGGGCAGUGCCCAUGCGCACUCUGCAGAGGACGGUGUUAUCCUCUUAUCUCCAUCCACAUAAACAUUUCUAAUCAUCCAGCGGUGGAUUUGUUCCUCGCACAUCCCGCAGAAACAUCCUCUCGGUGGUCUUCGAGCUCCCUCUUGGCGUGGCUUGUUGAUCGAUGAUCAAACAUGAGGAGGGUGGGCACGCAUGUCCAUCCCGUGGGAAGAUGUCCUCCUCUGUCCUGCUCACCGCGCUCUUCAUCCUGCCUCUGGCUGUGGGUUGGGUCGUACUGGGUGAGAGAGAGGAAGCCCAGAUGGUGUGUGCCGGGAAGGAAUUUCGUCUGCCCGUGUACUCCACAUCCAGAAUGGUGUUUUUCACACCAGACUCUGACGGGCCGCGGCGUGUCCUGCUGGACAAAACCACAGUGAGGGAGCCGCGGUUUAAGUGGACCAGAGACAAGAUGUUAGUCCUAAAAGAAGUGACUCAUGCUGAUCAGGGACUUUACGCCAUCAAACUGUCAUCUGGAUUCACCUACGAGACUGUUCAUCUGACUGUUUCAGAAUGCAUUAAGUCCUACCACAGGAACUACGGGGAGAACUUCGAGCACAACAUCCCUGAAGAUGGCUCCCUACUGGAGUUUUCCCCUCGCGGAGCUCCACCCGAGGCCAUGCCAGUGGUGCUCUGGAACCGGACGGACCCCGAGACCAGCAAUGCCGGCCGGGGGCGGCUGCUGCGCGGCGGGAAGGUCUGGGUGGCCGAGAGGGUGACGCAGGCGGACCAAGGCAAUUACACCGUGAGGGACGACACGGGCAAGGUGGUGUCCCGCAGCACCCUCACUGUCCGCGGACACUCCUUCAAUGUCACCCGCUACACCAAGGAGUCUCUAAACCUGCCCCUCUUUCUUCCCAUCCCGCAUGCCCACCUCAUUUUUACCCCCAGCCGAUACCCCGACGAAUCCUCCCUGGGCCCUUUUGACCCCAAGCCCCCUCGUGGCCCCGUGCAGCUGAUCCGUGAGGGCCAGGUAACAGACCACGACAUGCGCUACAGGGGCCUCAUCUCCCUGGGCAGGAACGGAACCAUCAAUGAGGUCGUCAUAGCCAGGCUGACCUCAAGGCACAACGGAGUGUAUGAAAUCAGAGAUGGGGAUGGCAACCUGGUGUCCUCCACCUUUUUGCAUGUGCUCGAAAAAGGAGGCAGAUGGCGCGCACUUCUCAAGUCCAUCACUGUCCCUUCUGGCAUGUUCGUGUCACUGGCCGGUUUCAUCCUGUUCAUGAAGCGGUACCCGAACUGCAGCCUGACGCAGAUCAUCGCCGGCCUCAGAGCAAACCGCACGCCCCCGGCCAACCCUCCGAGGGUCAACAUCCAGGAUUACAGCCAGCCGAGCCCUCAGCCCUCAGGCUUCUACGGUCACUCUCAGCAGCCUGGAACGCCGAGAAAAUGGACCCCGAGAGCCAGUCCUACUCACAGUGGUUACAGUCCGGUUAUGAUAGGAAGUCCCAGAGCUCAGAACCAGGAGGCACACAGAUCGGCAGCAGGGAGCUCCCCGUGUCAUCACUCGACUCCUGAGCGGGGGACGACUAAUGAGGAAGAGAGGCGGAUUUCCUUUGCGGUGCCCGGGGUGUCAGACUGCCUCCACUCCUCCGAGGACUGCGUUCAGUUCCAGAUCAAGAAAGACAACGAAAGACGGCGCGAAUCACAGCAUUACUUUUCCACGCUGCCACUAGACACGGACACCUCUGAGUCCUGCAGCGUUUACACGUCGGAGAAACUGAACUUCUAAUAAAACGGGAGAGUCGGAACCGAAGUGAGGAGAGGAAGACGAAAGCAGGAGAAGACAAGAAAGACCUCACCUGUGCCUUUUGCAUCUUUAGCCUAGUUUUAAUGGUUCCGUAUCAAUAUUGCAUGUCACUUUUUCAAGUAAUUUUUUCGGGAGCGUUAAUCGAGCUUUAGCCUUCCUGUCUCAUGUUAGGUUUUUCUCGACGCUGUUGGUGGUGCGCCUGAAAUCUCCUGUGCUGUUACCUACCUCCGGACCCUCAGGACCAAUAUGACCUGCACUGGAUUUGCUGAGUGAUGGCGUGUUUGUGGGAGAAACGUGAUCUCUAGGGCUACGUAGAAGUUAGAACUUGUGAUACAAACGUUUGCAAAAGGGAAUUCUUCAGUACUGUACAGAUUAUAUAGAGUUAGUCGACCUGUUUUUUUCCUCCGUCCAUCACGUUAAACCAUUCCUGACUGCAACAACAUUUUAAUCAUCACUUUUUUAAUUCCCUUUUCUGCAGUUCAAUGAUUUUUUGCAACGAUAUAGUGUACUUACCCUCGAGGUAACUCUGUAGUGAUAGUUGUGUAAAAUGUUACAUAUUCCACCAAAUAUUGCAAUAGCCUAUUAAUCUGUGGACCUUGUGUACAGGAUAAUAUCUCAUCACCAAAUCUUUCUAGUGACAGAAGAGGAUGGACUGCUGCUUGUGAUAUUUUUGGAUUUAUCAAAAUGUCGUCUCUCAAACUAAAAAUAAAAUGUAGGUUCUAUAUUUAACACACACACACGCACACACACUUGAGAUGAUUUUCUCCAAUGUACCAAAUGUUUGGACAGAACAAAGGAUUAUUUUGAUCAUC